UGCCCAGGGGGCGGGGGCUACGAGGAGGUUGUGGAGCAGGCGGAAGAGGCCUCUGAACCAGAGGCUUGGUCGCAGAACUUGGUCGGGAUCAGUGACUAUUAUCUGUUCUACAAGAUGAGUAACAGCCACCCUCUUCGCCCCUUUACUGCAGUGGGGGAAAUUGAUCAUGUGCACAUCUUGUCUGAACAUAUUGGUGCCUUGCUGAUUGGGGAAGAAUAUGGUGAUGUCACAUUUGUUGUGGAAAAGAAACGUUUUCCUGCCCACCGGGUCAUUUUAGCAGCGAGGUGCCAAUAUUUUCGAGCAUUACUCUAUGGUGGAAUGCGAGAAUCUCAGCCGGAAGCAGAAAUCCCUCUCCAAGACACCACCGCGGAAGCAUUCACAAUGCUACUCAAGUACAUCUACACCGGGCGGGCGACACUGACGGAUGAGAAGGAGGAGGUGCUGCUGGACUUUUUGAGCCUGGCCCAUAAAUAUGGAUUUCCAGAGCUGGAGGAUUCUACCUCUGAGUAUCUCUGCACCAUACUCAACAUUCAGAAUGUCUGUAUGACCUUCGAUGUUGCCAGUCUCUACUCACUCCCCAAAUUAACCUGCAUGUGCUGCAUGUUCAUGGACAGGAAUGCUCAGGAGGUACUCUCGAGCGAAGGCUUCCUCUCCCUUUCCAAGACAGCACUUUUAAACAUCGUAUUAAGAGAUUCAUUUGCAGCUCCUGAAAAAGAUAUUUUCCUAGCCUUGUUAAACUGGUGUAAGCACAAUUCAAAGGAGAAUCAUGCUGAAAUCAUGCAGGCUGUGCGUUUGCCUCUGAUGAGUCUCACUGAACUUCUCAAUGUUGUAAGGCCUUCAGGCCUGCUGUCUCCUGAUGCCAUUCUGGAUGCUAUUAAAGUUCGAUCAGAGAGCCGGGAUAUGGACCUCAAUUACAGAGGCAUGCUCAUACCAGAAGAAAACAUUGCAACUAUGAAGUAUGGAGCCCAGGUUGUAAAAGGGGAGUUGAAAUCUGCCUUACUAGAUGGUGAUACUCAAAAUUAUGAUUUGGACCAUGGAUUUUCCAGGCAUCCAAUUGAUGACGACUGCCGUUCUGGCAUUGAAAUUAAGCUAGGUCAGCCGUCCAUUAUCAAUCACAUACGGAUACUGCUGUGGGACCGAGAUAGCCGGUCUUAUUCAUACUUCAUUGAAGUGUCGAUGGAUGAACUUGAUUGGAUCAGAGUGAUUGAUCAUUCACAGUAUCUGUGUCGUUCUUGGCAAAAGUUAUAUUUUCCAGCCCGAGUCUGCAGAUAUAUUCGAAUAGUUGGGACUCACAACACAGUGAACAAGAUUUUUCACAUUGUGGCUUUUGAAUGUAUGUUUACAAACCAAACCUUCACUCUCGAGAAGGGUCUGAUAGUUCCCAUGGAGAAUGUUGCAACAAUUGCUGAUUGUGCCAGUGUGAUUGAAGGAGUCAGUCGGAGCCGAAAUGCCUUGCUGAAUGGGGACACCAAGAAUUAUGACUGGGAUUCUGGCUAUACGUGCCAUCAGCUAGGAAGCGGUGCGAUUGUGGUUCAGCUGGCACAGCCGUACAUGAUUGGGUCAAUACGGUUAUUGCUUUGGGACUGUGACGAUCGAAGCUACAGCUACUACAUUGAGGUUUCCACCAACCAGCAACAGUGGACCAUGGUGGCCGACAGAACUAAAGUCUCCUGCAAGUCCUGGCAAUCAGUAACUUUUGAGAGACAGCCUGCCUCCUUCAUCCGAAUCGUUGGAACACACAACACAGCAAAUGAGGUGUUCCACUGUGUCCACUUUGAGUGUCCGGAGCAGAGUGGCCAGAAGGAAGAGAACAGCGAGGAGUCGGGGACAGGAGACACCAGCCUGGCGGGUCAGCAGCUCGAGCCCCGUGCCCUGCAGGCCCCCGGCAGCUCCCUGCCCUCCAGCCCAGGCUCCAACCCUCGCUCGUCCAGCCGCCAGCACCAAUAAAGGCUCUGAAGCGCAGAGACUCGGUGGGCCCAGAUGGCGGCAGGAACGGCCUGGGUCUUUAUCUCCGCCCUCCCCCUGCAGACGGGAGCACACAGAACAGGUCCGCUCCCCAGGUCAGGAAGGGCCACUUUGUGCUCCUCGAAUCAGGCCGGUCUCCAGGGGGAGAACAUGAGUCUUCAGUCCUCAUCAGUCCACCAUUAACACCCUACCUCUCUAAUCUCCCGGGCAGGGAAGGGAAGGAAGUGGCCAGCCCACGCCUAGGAGUGGCCUGUGGGCCUGGAGCGAAGCCACACGUAGGCCCUUAGCACCUGGAGGCACCUUAGACAUGGGUUUCCAUAGCGUUUCCUUUUAUGGGACACCUCACCCUGGCAACUAAAUGACUUUUUAUUUCUUUUAGUUACUCUCCAUUUGCUGAAUCAUAGUGUUCUGGAUCUUUCUGAAAUGCUCAAACAGCAAACCGCUUGCUUUAACCCCUGUGACACUGUAAUUUUCUUUCCUUGGUUUUGAACGGUUAAGCGUGGGUGGAGAGAGAAGCCAGGUGCCCGUCUCCUGAACGUGGCACAGGCCACCAUCGACACCUCGGCUGACAAGAAACCUCUGGGAAGUUCAACGAAACACACAGGAGCAAACCAGCCUGUGGACGCUGGAGCAGCAGUCACCCGAGCUGCUGGGUCCUUAACCUGUCGGUCCUGAGAUGCAUCCCGCCUUCGGGAGGCUGACAAGGAAAUAGUUACUGAGCCACCUGCUGAUUUAAUGUGCAGAAGUCCUUGUGUGUAACCUGUACAGCUUCCCACUGGGCAGGCCUGUCUGCAGCCCUCCGGGUGUGUGAAUGCAAACCUGGCCCUUUGCACCCGCGUCCUCU